AAACAACCAUUUUCUUUCCUUAUUUUUUUUUUGCCCUGUUUUUCAUUUCUGGGUUUCUUUUCAGUUUAAUUCUGAUCUUUGUUUUUGCUCUCAAUCCAAAGAGGGUUUUAUUGGGUUUUCAGUUUUCUAUACGAUUUACUUCAAUAUUACUCAUGCAGAAACUAUAUGGUGAAGAAGUUCUUUAUCCUGGUAUGCUGAAAUACCAAAAUCCCGGAGAGUUGAAUCUCUUCUUGUCUUUUGGUCCUCAUGUAGAUGUAUACUUUCCACCUCGCAAGAGGUCUAGAGUUAGUGCGCCAUUUGUGUUCUGCGAAGGGCUAUUUAAGAAGUCUCAAACCACCAUUGAUGUUCUCCCCGACGAAUGCCUUUUCGAAAUAUUAAGACGUGUUUCUGAUGGUCAUGACAAAAGUGCGUGUGCUUCUGUUUCAAAGCGCUGGCUUAUGCUUGCAAGCACAAUUCGCAGGGAUGAGCAAAAGAAGGCUGAAGAUUUUGAUAAAAGUGGCGGGUGUCUUACAAGGUGUUUAAAAGGGAAAAAAGCUACUGACAUUAGACUUGCUGCCAUUAGUGCUGGAUCGGGUAGCCGUGGUGGGUUAGGUGAACUCUCUAUACUUGGAAAUAAUGCUAGCAAGGUGACAGAUUUUGGACUUAAAGCCGUUGCUCGUGGUUGUCCUUCCCUUACGUCUCUCACGAUAUGGAAUUUGUCAUCCAUUAAAGAUGAAGGCAUUUCUGAAAUUGCUAAUGAGUGUCGCCUGUUAGAAAAGCUUGAACUUUCUCAUUGCCCUGCACUUACCAACAAGUCUUUGGUAGCUAUCGCAGACAACUGUCCUAACUUGUCUUCACUAUCAAUAGAUUCUUGCUCAAACAUCGGGAAUGAAGGUCUUCAAGCAAUUGGCAAAUGCUGUCUUAACUUAAAGUCGAUUUCAGUAAAAAACUGCCCGUUGGUUGGUGAUCAAGGGGUUUCUAGUGUUGUGGCAUCGGCAUCAUCUUCCCUGAUGAAAAUGAGACUCCAUGGCUUAAACAUCAGUGAUGCGUCUCUAGCUGUUAUUGGACACUAUGGUUUAGCGUUGACUGAUUUAGGUUUAUAUGAUCUUCGUAAUGUAACCGAGAAGGGUUUCUGGGUUAUGGGCAGUGGUCAAGGCUUACAGAAGUUGAGGUCAAUUGUAAUUGUGGCCUGCAGUGGUGUUACCGAUCUCGGUCUUGAAGCACUGGGCAAAGGCUGCCCAAACCUGAAGCACUUUUGUGUUCGAAAAUCUGAUUUUUUAUCAGAUAAGGGUAUUGUGUCGUUUGCUAAAGCCACUCAGUCGGUUGAGGUUGUAAUGCUAGAAGAAUGCAACACUGUUACACAGCUUGGAAUCUUCGGAUUACUUGUGAAUUGUGGUAAUAUAAAAGCUCUUUCAUUGGCAAAAUGUUUAGGAAUCAAGGAUUUGCCUAUGAUAAUUCCUUCGGGUUUAUCUCCAUGUAAUUCCAUGAAGUCUUUAUCCAUUGUUAACUGCCCUGGAUUUGGCAACAUUAGCUUGGCGUUGUUGGGUCGCAUCUGUCCCCAGCUGCAGGAUGUUGUGUUGACUGGGCUUCAAGGAAUUACAGAUAACGGGUUCAGUUCACUCAUCAAGAACUGUGAGUCUGGCCUAACCAAAAUUGAUCUCAGCGGUUGUGUGAACCUAACUGACAAGACUGUUUCAGAAAUCUCUAUGGUUCAUGGUGGGACACUUGAGGUGUUGAAACUUGACGGUUGCAGAUCAAUCACUGAUGCAAGUGUGGUCACUGUUGCACAGAACUGCUUAUUUCUUAGGGAACUUGAUGUUUCAAAAUCCGCAAUCACUGAUUUCUCAAUUGCAGCUUUGGCUUGUGCUGAACUACUGAAUCUACAAGUUCUAUCAGUUUCCGGCUGCCAGGUGUCAAACAAGAGCCUACCUUUCUUGAAGAAGCUGGGGGAAACCCUCGUCGGUUUGAACCUCAUGCAAUGUUGUGGAGUCAGUGGUUCUGCAGUUGGUAAAUUGGGAGCGCAAAUCUAUAAGUGUGAUAUCCUUGUUUAACUGACAAUAUCAUAUGUCAGUCGGUGAUGCUUUAGUUCUUGAGUCGGUUAUGGUAAUUUUGCAGGUUUUUACAGGUCUGUGUGAUCGGGUCUUCUUGGACUCACUUCGGAGCAUUUUUUUUACCAAGGGAUUUGGCUGAUAUAUCUUUUUUUACAGUUUCACCAAACUGUUGCAAGAACUUUUGGCCUCUUGUUGGGGGUCUCUUAUUCUUGUCAGCCAUAUCAUCUUGAGAAUCCCAAUGCUUGGUUCUGGUUCUUGGAGACAACCUUUCGCACAGGUCCUAGUCGUCGUUAUAAGUUUAUCGUCUGUUGGUGUGUUAUUUCCGUGAUGUUUGUUCGUGUCUAGUUCUGUUUUUCAUAAGGUUACAGACGGUGAUGGUUUAAAGAGGUGGUUGCUUGGUUGUUUUGUGGGAUUUGGGCAUGGUAGAUUGUUGUUUCGAGUCUGCCAUGACAACCCUGAUGAGGGUUGUUUUUUACUUUUUACCAAAUCCUGGUUUUUCUAAGCUUCUCAUUUGUUUGUACACUGUCAGUGUUUUGUAACUACCUAAUGUGGGCUGGAACUUGUAAUAAAUAAAUAAAUAUAUAUUCGUGUUUUUGUGUGAAAA